UAAUCUUGCCCACUUACUCAGUAAUAAUGUAAUCUAAAUAAUCAGAAACUAGAUAGAGCUGGUCCUAUCAAGAAGACAAACUUUUAUUAGAACUUAUUAAACUUUAUGGUUGUACAUCUUGGAAUCACAUUGCACUUGAACUUCAAUCUCAAGGGAAAAAUCCCCUAAAAGUCCGAUCUCCUGCAGCUUGUAGGGAACGAUACUAAAACAUUCUUAACCCCAAUUUGAAUAAAAGUAAUUGGACAUUAGAGGAAGAAACAAAUUUAUUUAACCUUUAACAAUCUUUUGGAAAUUGUUGGGCUAGAAUUGCUUCUCAAAUGCCUGGCCGUUCUGAUUUAUUAUGUAAGAACUAUUUUUAUGCUACUCUAAGAAAAGUCUUACGUCGACUCAGUAAGGCAGUCGGGCUGGAUUAAUCAUCAGAUGUAUUAAAAUAGGUCAAGCCCAGUGUCUUAGGAAUUAUUUACAGCAAGGAAGACUCUUUCAAAAUUUUCAACAUUGAAGACAAGGUGAAAAAAGAAUUUCAAUAACUUAUCAAACAAUAUAGGUUCACAGAAAAAGCAGAACUUCGAUAGCUUUAAGAAAAUGACUUGAACUAUAUAAAGUCUAUGUUGAAUCAAUUAUUUGUAAUCAAUAAUAAUUACGUAACCUAAAAGGAGAGGAAUUUUAGAAGAAAGAAUUCAAAGCAAGAAAACUGUUCUGUUGAAAACAACAGCAAAUCAACCAUUCCAAAUGGCUCAAAUGUUCAAAAUUAAAAAAAUUCUAAACUUGAAUCUAAACUUUUAAACGCAACAAACUUCAAACUAGAUUCUCAUGAAGAAUAUAAUCAACCUAAAAAUAGUGACUAAUAAGAUAAUCAAUCUAUAUAAGUUUAUGAAAAUCUAAAUCAACCUCAUUCUGAUUUCAUUUUGAUGAAUUAAUCAUAAGGAUCCUUUUAUGCUCCAUAACCUGUUUUUACAUUCUGCAUCUAAUAAAACUUUAUAAGCUGGCCAAUCUAAUCGGUUUAACCAUAUUAUACCCCUUAAUACCUGACUUAUCCUUAAUCUCAUCCUUUAAUGAGAUAUGAGUUCCUAUAGAUGAUGUGAAUUAUAUCUUAAACAAGAAGAACAUUAUAAAACAAAACAUUUUACACUGGUUUA